UGGUUUUUGCUAUCACUGACUUGGUCUUACUGAGCUCUGUUAAUGACCUGCUCAUUUCCCCACUGUCCUAAUUGGAAUGUAGAGAAUUCUCCUAAUUGAGCAAAGAAUCCCACUUCCUAAGGGCAAUCCAGGCAAGGCUUGUACUUAUGUGCAGUACACCUGGGUCAGGAUGGCUCCUGUCCAUCCUCUGCACCAGAGACUUUGGAAGGUGACCGCAGGGAUUGCCUGCUCCAGGAUCUGUGGAUCCACCAUCUCCGAGAUAUGUGGAAGGGUUCACCUCAUGUUCAGUCACCUUCAUCAGUGCCAGCAAAUGUGAGAACUAGAAUAGGAAUGAAAGGGAAGGAAGCAACAAGUACGUGUUGUUGUGCAGUUGUGAGGUGAGAGGAGAGGAAGCCUCCAGUGCAGAGAGGAAGUUGAACAUCAGAAAGACUGUGGGAAGAGAUGAAAGAGUCGGGAGGGGAGAGCAAGAGAAAACAGAGCCUCUUGCUUCUCAUUCUUGUGGAUCUUGUACCACAAGAAUCUAGUUUUCUGACCCCCUCAUUGGUAAAUACCCUGCUGAUGUUGCUGUUUCCUCAGGUGAAUUGUUUUCCAGAUGAGACCUCAGCUGUGCUUCAGCCUGGACAUUCCACUGGGUGGUGGAGAAGAGCUCCAGUGCACACCCUUUCCCCCAGGAGACACACGUGGCUGGGCUGUGUGUGCCUGGCAGAUGUAGGGGCUGGUUACUGUGAGGGGAGUAAAUGGCAGGAGAGACGGGAACCUCCUGGCCGAUCCCACCAGGCACCCAGCAUCAUCACCACGAGGCUGUUGGGAAUCAUGGAGAUCCAGCUGACCAGUGGCUUUCUGUCCUUGCUGUUCCUCGUCUGGCUGCCAACUGGGACAGUCAGCCAGACAGAAAACUCAGGCAUCACUAGGCAGUGUAAACUUGAAAUUUGGUCAAAGAAUCUCAUGGUACAUGUGAACUGGUACGAACCUAAAGGUCUGGAGAGGUGGAAUCAAACCAACACCACGGCUCAGGGAGAAAACUGUACGAAUCUCAUCAGCCCCUGCAUGAGUGCAGCCCACAUGGGAACCUGUGAGUUUAGCAUCUCCAUCACAAGAAUAAACUCAACAGACAUUGGAAAUGGCACACAGGAUACAGUUCCCAGGUGUUGCCUUGCAGGACUUCAGACCAAUGUCACAGAGAAGAUCUGGACAGGACUCAACCUCUUGUGCAUCUCCUUUGGCUUAGCGGUGGGGACACUCAUCUACACACCCAUCCUUGGCUUCCUGCUGUGGCAGCGCAGAAGGAACAGAACAGGAAAGAUCACAAGUAGGGAAGUGGCAGAAGUGGAUCAGCUCAGCAGGGAAGCCCCGGUGACAGGGACUGAGGACCUGACCUAUGCCAACCUGAAGUUUGAAAAGGAGACAAAACCUGCCUCCUCCAGCAUCAUUUACACCGAGAUCAAGCCAUCACAACAGAGUGGUGGGGAUGCCAGUGCAGCCAGCACAGCAGUGGAUGUCUUCCCCAGCAGAAAGGGCAAAUGAGGGAGAAGGGAGGGUGAGCAGCUUGUACAUCUGUUGGGGUUGUUCUCCCCAAAUACUAGGUGUUAGCUCAUACAGAAGUGCAAUCUUGAUGACCAAAGACCCCAAUGGCUCCACCACUGUGCUGUAUGUUCCCCUGGAAGAAGCCAUGUCUCCUGACUCAACAUGACAGGACUCUUGAGCUGCUUUUCCCCUUUCCUUCUGCAGCUCCAAGCACAGCCAAGCCUCAGCAACUGUUUUCACUGUCUCCAGUCACCGACAGGCUCCUCUAACAACUUGCUCCAUGUUUCAGGAAGGUCCUCGUGCACUGUGUGGCCACCAUGGUCCAGGAAGAACUUGGUGUUCCCUUGGUGCUGGACAUGCUGGGUGGGGUGGCCAUGUCCUGGAGCAGUUUUCUGGAUUUUUCUCUGGAGCAGGCACCUGCUGUGACAGGGGUUGACCUUGCUCUGGUUCACUCACUUGAAACACAAGGGACAAAUAUGGAAAAGCAUCACUUGCUUCAUAGAAGUGCAUUGUGGGUGCUGCUGCCAUGAUCCACAUGGAUCUGCUUUGCACUGGGAGUGGCUGAGUGUCCUCAUGCAUGUAAAGCUUUCCUGCACUUUGGAAAAUUAAAAAUUGAAAGGUCUCCUUCUGCCUGCAGAAAGGAAGCAAGAUGGAGGAUCUCCAGAAUACCUCACUGUCCAUUGUUCCUCAGGGGUUGUUUCCAAGCUAUCCCUGGAGGGCCAGGGUAUUUUUGGCUUAGAGCAGACACCAUUCAGCUCCCACCCUAUCCUCAUGGAAAGGAGACCUGUUGCUUGCUCUUGGGUGGGAUGUGCAGGCAGAAAUCCUGCACCCUCCUGGUGGGGUGCUGGGGCAGAGUUCCAACAAGGAUCAGAGGAGGGUCUGCGGGCCACCUUGUGUUUGACAGCUGGCUGAACAUGAGCCAGCAAUGUGCCCAGGUGGGCAAGAAGGCCAGCAGCAUCCUGACUUGUACCAGCAACAGCAGGGCCAGCAGGACCAGGGUAGUGGCCACGCCCCUGUGCCUGGUGAGGCACCUCAAAUCCUGUGUUCAGUUUUGGUCCCUCAUGACAAGAAAAGUGCUGGAGCAUGUCCAGAGAGGGGCGACAGAGCUGGGGAAGGGUCUGGAGCACAAGUCUGAUGAGGAACAGCUGAAGGAGCUGGGGUUGCUUAACCAGAAUAUCCAGACAGUGACCUGUCACAAGCAGCCAUGGUCAGUGGUCUGCAAAAGGCUCUGCAUUUGCUCAACUACCUCAAAAAGAAGAGGAAGGAAAAGUGUGGUCCUUCAUCAGAAAAGAGUUAUGAACCAAUGAAAGUUAUGAACCAGAGAAAGCUGGGACAGUCAUAGUGCUGCAUCAUAACCCCAAGGUUAGUGGGGGAUCAGAUCUGGGAGAGUGUUUUUAACAAGGAACCAGGCAAGAAGCCAUGAAAUAGCCUUGGAGCAGUUACACGAGUGAGCAAGAGGUGGGGAAACGCAGCCAGGGCUCUUGAGGAACUAGUGGAGGUAACAUCUCAAGUGGAGGCAGGAAGGGUGGGGGCAGCAUCUUUGGCCAUUGGCUAUUUUUAAAAAGGUGAAGCAGCUAUGGCCAGAGCUGAGGCUCCAAAUUUCACUUCUCAAAAAGUUGCUAUCACAAGAAGCUAAGCAAGUGUGUGAAGAUAAAGCAGUAAUAAACCCAAUGCCCUCCUUGCCCCAAACACCUCUGUAUGGACAGAGGGCCCUCUUGUCUCUUUGUGUGCCCAAGGCAGGUGAGUGCUCACUGCAGAGGAAGCCUGACUCAGGCAGAGAAACAAAAGUAAAAGUCUGGGGAGAGACUUGGCCUCCACUGUGCUCCCUGCCUGCUGGAAAAGCAGCAGGAAUCCACAACGGAAAGAACAGGGAUAUGACUUGGGUCAUGAUGUGAAAACCUGGCAAAGGGGAAAAACAGAAGACAAGGAGCAGAAGAGGAGGAAUGGGAAAGGAU